AUGGAAAGCGCACGCGUGGAAAGCGAGCAGGCAGUGCCAUCUGAGGAUGUGCUGCCAAGGCUACUUGGAAGGACUCAGGCUGAGCAAGACGACCCAGAAGCGGCCGACAAGGAAGUUCAGCUUGAUGAGGAGCCUGGAAAGCAAAGAGAGGACUCGGAACUGUCGGCGCCCAGCAACUUUGACGUCUUGUCCGAGACCACCUGGGCCGAGAAAAUCAGUUUGUUCGGAGGAGGCUUUUUGGCUUUGGCACAGGGUGUCACAGCACCCCUGGUUGCGGUCUUGACCGCUGAAGCCAUUGCCGUGCUGACAACGUCAGAGCCCUCCCGGUUGCUGGAAAACAUGACGCCCGUGCUUGGCCGGAUAGGAGCAUUUGCGGGAUCACAAUUUCUCCUUGCCUGGUUUUGGUCCUGGUGCUUUGCAUGGUCCGCAGCCAAACAGGCUUGCCGUUGGCAGAUGAAGUUCAUCAAGUCGUUGGUGACGAUGGACAUCCCCUGGUAUGAUGAACAUGAGCCAGCAGGUAUCGCAGCAAGACUCCAGGGGGACAUCACAGCUAUUCACACCUUCAUGUCUGCGGGCUUGGGUUUUCUCGUCUGCUGCAUUGGCCAAUUCGUGUCCGGCAUCACCAUUGCCUUUAUCGAAAGCUGGCAGCUCUCUUUGGUUGCAUGUGCCAUCGCGCCAUUGCUGGUCUUCGCUGGGCAUCGACUCGGGAAGGAGAUCGAAGGUUCGUAUAGCGCGCAGGCGGAAGACUUUGCGAAAGCGUCCAGUGUGGCGGAGGAGUCCAUCAUGGGCAUCCGCACGGUCACCGCCUUUGGUGCCGAAAAGACCACACGGCGGCGUUUCGAAAGUGAGCUUACUGCUGCGAAGAUGGGAGGCAUCCGAUCUGGGGCGAAGAUUGGCUUCGCGUGGGGUGGCUUGAACUUCACCUACGCUCUCAUCUAUGCCGUGACGCUUUACCUCGGUGGACAUAUCAUGCUGAGAAACAGCAGCGUUCUGGAGAAUGAAGAAGCCGUGGUAACCGUCAUGAUUGCACUUAUCGUGGGCAUCGCUGGUGUCAGCCAGUUCAGUGGCCAUGCGCCUACAAUGGCAAGGGCAAUAGCAUCGGCCAGGAACAUGAAGAAGGUGAUCGCCUCCAAGGCACAUGAAAUUGAGCCAGAGGAAUUUAUGCUCCGGCCGCUGCCCCCAGAAGUGCAGGUCAUCGAGAGCAUCGAGUUCAAAUCGGUAUGCUUCAGGUAUCCGAAGCGGCCAGAUCGGUUGGUCUUGAACAAGCUCAGCUUCGAGGUCAAGAAGGGCCAGAAGAUCGCUUUUGUUGGGGAAAGUGGCUGCGGCAAGAGCACGACCAUCCAGCUGUUGGAGCGGUUUUACGACCCAGAAGCAGGCGAGAUUCUUGUGAACGGCGUCCCGCUCUUCCGACUUCCAGUCAAGUCUUGGCGGAAGCUGAUUGGCUUUGUGGGCCAAGAGCCGGUGCUCUUCGCCACUUCUGCCAUGAAGAACUUGAAGAUGGGGGAUGACAACAUCACUGAUGAAGUUGCCAUCAAGGCGGCCCAGGAUGCGCAGAUUUACAACGACCUCGCAAAGUUGCCGCAGCAACUGGAUACUUUUGUCGGCCUCGCAGGCAACUUGCUGUCUGGUGGCCAACGGCAGCGUGUGGCGAUCGCGCGUGCCCUGGCCAAGCAACCGCAGAUCUUAUUGCUGGACGAGGCAACAUCAGCAUUGGACAACGAGUCCGAACGAAUGGUGCAGGAGACUUUGGAUUCCUUGCAGCACAACGUCGACCACAACUUGACGACCAUUUCCAUUGCCCACAGGUUGACUUCUAUCAUGGCAUCAGAUGUGAUCUACGUGAUGAAAGGAGGAACUUGCUGCGAACAGGGCUCCCAUGAGGAGCUUAUGGCUCAGAAAUCUGUCUACUUCACCAUGGCGAACUUGCAGCGGGAGCCUACGGAUGAGGAGAAACAAGACCACGAGGCUGCUGUUCCAGUGGAUGAGGGGGCUGCCCUGAUGCGAGCUGGCACGGUGGCAACCAGAAUGAGUGCAGACGGUACUGCGAUUGUGGAGGAGCCUCAAAAGCAGGUCAACAACGUUUUCUGCCGGCUCUUCCAAUCUGCAAGGCCUGAUUGGGCGAUUCUGCCCUUUCUAUUUCUGGUGGUGCUUUGCAGCUCCUGUGCCACGCCCUUCCAAGCCGUCUUCUUCAACCAGGGCAUCGUUGCACUUUUUGCUCCAGAGACGAGCAUGGGAUCUCUGGACACUGCCUGCUUCGGCUUGGGACUCGCUGGCUUGGCCGGUGGGUCAGCCGUGCUUUUGCAGAACAGCCUGGCCACCUAUUUGCAAGAAAGCCUCUCCUUGCGCCUAAGAUCGAAAUGCUUCGACACCAUAAUUCAUCUUGACAUCGCCUUCUUCGACGCGCCUGAGAACCAAGUGGGUAGCCUUCUCAUCUCCUUGGAGAGGCACAUGACCCGUGUGGCUCAGAUGUUUGGAAUCAACCUAGCGAACACCACCGGAGGAGUGAUGACAUGCCUUGUUUGUGUGAUUGUGAGCUUCUUUGGAUCAUGGGUGCUUGCCCUGGCACUUCUUGUGAUGAUGCCAAUUUGCACCUUGCUGGGUAUCAAAGUUGCAGUUAUAGCUCACACCCCUUCCAAGACUGCAGAGCACGCCUAUGCAGUAGCUGGGCAGACAACCAAUGAGGCUGCAACGCAGAUCCGUACCGUGCGGGCAUUAGGUGCUGAAAAGCAGACUCUUGAGAUAUUGUCAGAUUCGUUGGCGACCUUGACGCAGGAAAACGUCUCUUCUGCUUGCUUGAAAGGCUUCUCCUUCGGUUUGAGCACUGUCUUGAUCCAGGUGAUGUACCUAGCAGGCUUUUGGCUGAGUGCCGCGCUGAUUCAGUCUGGUGGCUUUGUCUCGGAGCAGGUCCUCCUGACGCUCUUUUGCGUGGUGUUUGGGGUCAUGAGCGUGAGUGUUCUGGCGCAGUAUUUGCCCGACUCCGCCUCGGGAAGAGUGGCAGUGGGUGAAGUCUUCCGCCUCAUUGACCAGGACUCAAAGAUCAAUUCCAGGAAAGCCCUGAAGACUGGCAUUGAAAGCAUGGGUGACGGAACCAUUGAAUUCAAGGAUGUGAGCUUUUGGUAUCCCCACCGGCCGGAAGUCAAAGUCCUCAAGAAUGUGUCAUUCACCGUAAAGAAGGGUCAGUCAGUUGCUUUGGUUGGCUUCUCUGGAAGUGGCAAGUCCUCCGCCAUUCAACUGCUACAGCGUUUCUAUGAUCCACAGGCCGGGUCUAUCUUGGUUGGUGGACGGAAACUCUGCGACUUGAAGCUCUCUUGGUGGCGGCAGAACGUGGGCCUUGUGAGCCAGGAGCCGCUCCUUUUCGACAUCUCACUGGAAGAGAAUGUGAAGUAUGGAUAUCCUCAAGCCACUUCAUCCCAAGUGCGCGACGCUGCACGGAUCGCGCAUAUGGAUUAUGCCUUCAAUGGCGAUGUGAAGUGGAGUGACCGCGUGGGCUUGCGUGGAGAAAAACUGAGUGGCGGCCAGAAGCAGCGCUGUGCUCUUGCACGGGCACUCCUACGCCGGCCACAGGUCCUACUCUUGGACGAGGCCACCAGUGCUCUGGAUAGCUCUUCAGAACGGCUGGUCCAAGAAGCCAUGCAGGAUGCGCGAGUCGGAAAGACGACGAUCACAGUGGCGCACCGCCUCUCUACCAUUCGAAAUGCCGACCAGAUCUUCGUGCUGAAUGGCGGCAAGCUGCUAGAACAAGGCACGUACUCUGAACUUUUGGCCUUGGACGGCAGUUUCACAAAGCUCGCACGAAGCCUAUGA